AUGAUACUUUGGGAUGUACCUCUUCAUCUUUGGAAUGCUACUGGGUUUUCUAGGAGUGCUAGUUAUGUUGGGAAACCGAUAAUGACAGAUACUCCUACUGAUAUGAAAAUUAGAAUGGAUUAUGCUAGAAUUUGUGUUGAAAUUGAUGUAAACUGCUCAUUUCCGGAAGAGCUUCCAUUCCAAAUUGAGAAUGAGAAAUUUAAAGUAAGGGCAGAAUAUCCAUGGAAACCUACUUCUUGCUCUCAUUGCAGGAGUUUUGCUCACUCUACUGCUAGGUGCAACUCUUAUACUGUACAAAAAGUUAAGACUAAGUGGAUUCCCAAGAUUAGCAACUCUUCGUCAAUGGCAGGAACUAGUAAUUUGAUUGAUAGAACUACCUCUUUAUCCUCAAUUCCUGAAGUAGAGAUUGCAGUUGAAAAUCAACAGGAGACUGAGCAGGAGGAGAACCAAGCUUCGAAAGAAAGCGACUCAAAUCAGAUUGUGAUAGAAAAAGAAGGAGUUUUAGAAAUGGUGGAUCAACCAAUAGAGGUCCAAUGGACUGCAUCCACUAGAAAGAAGAAGAACAAUAGAAAAAAAGGAGAUGCUCAUAAAGAAGUGGAAACUUUCUGUUUGAAUCCUUUCAACAUCUUAGCGUCCGACUCGGAAGCCGUAGAUUUUGAGAAUUUGGAAAGAAUCUCAUCCCCUUCUCAUGAAAGAGCUGCAGCUAGAGAAGACUUUGAAGAUAAUAAUGAAGACAUUGAGAAAUCAGAUGAAGAGAUGGGAGUACAAAAGGUUAAAUCUCUUGAUGAUAUUCCUCAAAUAAUACCAAUGACUAGUGCUCAACAAGUGGAGAAUAUUUGCAAGUUUGCUGGUCUUUUAGGAGCAUCCGGUGGGUGUUCGGAAGAGGAGAAAAGUAAAAUCUUUGGUGAGUUAAAUGAGAAAUAUCAAAAAACUAGGCAGGGAAGGGAAAUGGAGAAAUUAGGAUGGAAAGGUCAUCCUAGCAAUGAACAGCUUGGAAGGGGCCAAAGGAAAUCUGCUAAGAAGAAAUAG